AUGAAGAGCAUGAAGUCUCGCCGCGGCGGCAAUGACCGCGGGGGAAUCCGCAAGCGGGGCCCUACUCGCACCGACCGAGAUGGCGAUAUGGACAUGGAUGCGGGCGGUGCUCGUGCAAAGAGAAACCGUGCCGACAAGUCUGCCUUGGGUGGCCGCGCCGCUGGCACAGGCGCAGGUGGCCGAGCUGUAGGAGCUGGCAACCGGGCCCAGGCUCGCAACAAGCCCCGGGAUUCGGAUCUGAUCCAAAGAGCCAUUUACAGCGCCGACAGCCAAGCAAACAUCCAACGCAACAAGAAAAAAACCGGCGGCGACCUGGAACAGUUCAGUGUCCGAGGAUGGAAAUCAAGUAAGGCGGCAAGCAACCGUGAUGGCGGCAUCGAGAGCCUCAUCGCAUUCCUCGAGCGACGCAUGAACUCAUUCAUCAAAUCCGGACCCCGCGCAAAGAUUACAAAGUCACGCACUGAAGGUGACACUCUUGUGGCAUUCGUUCGGCCAGAUCUAGCGGGUCACAUGCUUCGUAUCAACAACAAUGUUUUCGCCGGAGCUCAUGUUACCGUUGAAGAAUACACUGCCGCUACCGCACUCGAUCACGAACUGGCCGCAGUGGACCCCGUUCCUGGCUCGACCGCCGAUACAAAGGUUAAAAUGACUACUAUCCUCGGCAAACGCUUCUUCCCCGCCACCAAGCUACUUGACUUGUCGAAGCUGGCGGACGACCCCGAUCUAAAUGAGAUGGGGAUCUUCGACACUGUCUCUACUAAGUCCAAAUUCUUCCCUGCUCUCAUGAAGGUUUGGGAAUUGGGCUUCAAGACUGUAGCUGAGCGACGCGAGGCGGUCGAACUUGUCAGUCUGGCGGAAAACAAGCUCAGCAACAUUGCCUCCGUGACGACCCUCGCACAAUCUUUCCCCGAUAUCCAAUACCUGGACCUCUCUAAGAACGACAUCAAGAAUUCGCAGGCGAUGAUUGGAUGGCGCUGGAAAUUCCGCAACCUCAUCUUCCUCGACUUGACUGAGAACGAGAUUAGUUCCGAUCCAAAUUUCAAAGAUACCAUGCUCAAGUGGUAUCCCAAGCUGCAAACUUUGAACAACGUCCAAGUUCGAACCCCGGAAGAGGUCGCAGCUCAGAAGAAGACCCCGAUCCCGGUCUUGCCACCUCACUUCAUUGACGAGUCUCAAGUCGGCGAGAACUUCGUCCGUGCUUUCUUCACUGGCUAUGACAACGAUCGCAACGGCCUCGUCAGCACUGUCUACGAUGAUCAAUCCACUUUUUCGCUGAAUGUAAACACCACAGCUCCCCGGGCCGGUCAAACCGAGACAGGAGGUUGGGGUGAAUACAUCAGAAAGAGCCGAAAUCUCGACAAGAUCAGUCACCUUUCAGCACGCAUGUCCCGCUCCUUCAAGGGCGUCGCGCAAAUCCGCGAAGUCUUCAAUGCGCUCCCGCCCACUCGCCACCCAGACCUUGUUGCUAAGGCAGAGCAAUGGCUCUUUGAAUGCCACCCGGUUCCCCAUCUCCCCGACCCUACUGGACAGAGCCCCACUGGCGUUGGUGGCAUCUCCCUUAUGGUGCACGGACAGCUUGAGGAGAGCGUUGGUGGUAAGGUUGAGAUCCGCAGCUUCGAUCGAACUUUUAUUAUUGGCCCCGGUAACACCCCCGGUGGCAUCCGAGUUGUCAGCGAGAUUUUCUGCCUGCGCGCUUUCGGUGGACAUGAGGCAUGGUCCCCUGAGAUCCAGGCACUUUCCCAGGUCCCCCAGGUUCCCGCUCCCGGUCCUGUUCCCACUGCGGCUCCUGCACCCUCCUCUCUCCCCGCAGUCCCCGCAGUCCCCGCAGCUGCCCCGAUGGGCAAUGUUGCUGAAGGAUACGCUUUGCCUCGACCUGGAAAGUCCGACACCCAGCUUCGGCAGGAGCAGAUGGUCGCUGAAAUGAGUGGCAAGUCGGGUAUGACUUUCGAAUACUCAGAGAUGGCCCUCGCGGGAAAUGACUGGAAUGUCGAGCUUGCCUGGAAGAACUUCGAACAGCUUAAGGCUACCAAUGCACUUCCUCCGACCGCUUUCUUUUGA